AUGGAGCGCGGCGCACGGGGCGCCCGAGCGCGACCGCCACGGCCACCUCCCUCGGCUGGGUUGCCCGUUCGGGGCGCCCGCCCGGUUACGGGGUCCUCGGGGCGCCCGCGCCCCGCGCCUAGCCGUUGCCGCGGCUGCCGGAAGCUGCGGCUCAGCAGCCGGCCGGGCUCUGGAGCACCCAAGCCCGCUUCAGGAAAGCGGCUUCCGCUCCUCGACUACUGGCAGCAGGACGCCGGCGGCCGACGAUCUCUGGGCGCCGCGAUGGGGGCGGAACGGGGCGGGGACGCUGCGACGGCUGCGGCGGAGGCGGGCGGGCUCCUCCUCGCAGGUGCGGAGGCGGCGGCAGCGGGCGAGGCCCGGGAUUGGUGGAGCCGCGGCCAGAGCGAGGGGCCAGGCAUGAAGAAACGGCUGGCGGUGGCUACUGGGACCCGGGCCUCUGCCCGCGCCCUGCGGCCCCUCCGCGUGCUCCCGACCUGCGGCGUGGGAGGUUGGCGAGUCUGGGAGGAUGAGCGUCCUGAGUGCCGGAUGACAAGGGGAAGAGGAAGAGCUGCUAACCUCGGUAGCGGGACGGUUAGGGGGAAAUCCCUGCGUGCUGCGCGGCCUCUGCGACCCGAGCACCUCAGUGUUUCCAGAGUCGGUCCACGCGGGCCUCUCACCGAGGACUCCCGGCAAGACGGAGAUUCCCGCUCGACGAAAACCACUUUAGCGCCUUACCUCGCUCUGGCCUGGGCGCAGACGCCCGGAGCUUCCGCGCGCUUUUCGUUCUUGACCCUGCCUCACAAUUGCCUGGGAGAACUCACCAAACCAUGGGUGCCCGGGCCCCACCCCAAGGGUUCUGAUGGGGGAAGUCUGGCUUUCCGACUGAGGUCCCCAUUCCUUAAUAGGUUUGGUACCUUAGAAGAAGAGGAGCGGUCUCUUUUUGCCAGAUGAGGACACAGGAGAGGUUGGCAAGCCAGGAAGAGAGCUCU